UCUAAUUCAUUGGAAAUUUGAAUCCUAUACCGCCCUGCCAAACAUUUUUGCAGAUUGCCAAAGCAGCCUGAGGUUCACUCUUUCCGUCCAGCACCACUGUGAGCGCUUUCUGUACAAUGUUUAAUGCAGCCAGAAGUUGCGAUAAGGGCCUUCUAACUUUCUUUUUUUUUUUUUUUUCUUUUUUUUUUUUUUUUCGGCCAUCCAACUUCUGUUCAGUCUCAGAAACACAUAUCUGCCCUCACUGACAUUUGUGGAAUAGACGUAGUGGUUCAAUCUUUGAAAACAAAACAGAACAAAACAAAAAAGAAAGAUGGAUGCCCUGAGCAAAAACGAGGUACCGGAGGAUGGCGGCAUGGCUUCAGUAACUGACGCUCCAGUGAAGGGGACAACAAGAACAAACUACGAUGUCCAGCCCAUGGCCAGCAAUCUUGACGUCAAUGGCAAGGAAAGCAAGUUGGAAAACUGGGAAUUGCGGGAACCGCCGGAGCUGCCACGAUAUCUGCCCAAGGUAUGGGAACGCCACAUUCAAUUUGUUGGUAGUCGAUUGCCAAGAUUGUCCGAUUCGAGUCAGAUUGGGGAAGAGCUGAAGAAGGUGUUUGCCCUUGCAGCACCCACAUCACUGGCAAACAUCCUAUGGUACAGCAGGGUGAUCGUAUCGACGGUAUAUCUUGGUCAUCUAGGAAAGAUUGAUCUUGCUGGGGGUGCCCUUGCUAUGGGAUUCGGCAAUGUCACAGGCUAUUCGAUAGUAAUUGGCCUGUCGACUGGGUUGGAUCCGAUCUGCGCUCAGGCGUAUGGUGCUCGUAACUACAAGCUGCUUCAGCUGACAUUGCAGCGUGCUAUUAUCAUAUUCCAAUGUGUCGUCGCACUCGUCGUUAUCACAAUCUGGCUCAGCAUGGAAAGGAUUCUUAUCCUCGUCGGACAAGACCCGGGAAUCGCUGCAGUGGCGGGCAACUACGUGCUUGUGUUGAUUGCCGAUCUUGUAGUCUAUGGGUUCAUGCUACCCAUGAGAACAUACCUUCGGUCGCAUUGCAUCACAAUACCACUUUCGUUCUGCGCAGGCAUAGCACUUCUCAUCCACAUCCCAUUGAAUUACCUGUUCAUCGUCAAGGCGGGUCACGGUUACAGAGGUGCUGCGUUAGCCUCAGUUUGCACGGACUUCAGCUUUCCUUGCAUGCUUGUGAUUACAAUCUGGUUAAUCACUCCCAAAGAAGGCGCUGGGAAAUGGCACGGGUGGUCGUGGGAGUGCAUGACAGAGUGGGGACCCAUUCUGAGGCCUGCUUUGCCUUCCUGCAUAAGCCUAUGUGCGGAAGUGUGGACCUACGAAGUAUUCUCGCUUCUGGCCGGUCUGCUUCCGGACCCCGGUACAACUGUUGCCACCAUGUCAAUCUUAUUGAACUGUUCGUACAUGUUCAACAUGACACCUAUGGGCGUCAGUGUAUCGGCAUCAACACGAGUAGGCAUUGAGCUUGGAGCAAACUCGCCGUCAGCGGCUCACCUUGCAGCCUAUGUGGCUUGGUCUAUAGGCUUCAUUUUCAGUGUGAUUUCCAUACUGUUUUUCUCACUGCUUGGACGCCAAGUGGGUUGGUUGUUUACUGAUAUUGCCUCUGUACAGCUUCUUAUUGGAAAGGUCCCCCCAUUGCUUGGGGUAGUGCAAGCCUUUUCCGCCCCACUAAAUGUGGGUGCUGGAAUUUUACGCGGAUGUGCGCGGCCCGGCAUUCUGCUCCGAGUGACAUUUAUGGCCUUCUACUUAAUCGCAUUGCCGAUCGCAGUCUGCCUAGUUUUCCUAUUGCGCAUUGGUGUUCCCGGCCUCUGGUGGGGUCUCAUUGUAGGUGAGGCAUGCGCUUUCACUGCCAUUGCAACAUGCAUCAUCUUACGCGACUGGGAGACUGAGGCAAAGAGAGCACAGAUGCUUGUGAAACAUUCUCGAGGCCACAAUGUAAUGCCUUAUGAUGAUGAGAGACCUGUGGAUGCAGUGGAGACUGGCCAAAUAUGCUCCAUUAACAAAUACCACCCUAGACGGACUGCAAUUGAUCACGACAAUAACUCUAAUCACUCAUUGACUGUUCCGCUUCUGAAUGACUCAGAUGAAGACUUAAUUUGCCACAGUGCUGAGCGAGUCCAGAGAUCCACUUAAUAUAAAGCGCAUCAUUCACUUUCUUUUGUUUUUCCCAAGUAAUUCAGAACUAUUUUAUUUCAUUCAUCUGCUUCCAUCGGAAUUCGAACUCGGCUCUGCAUUUCAACAGUUUAUUGAUGCAUUUUCCUUUAAGUUUUUGUUGAACAUCCCCCUCACUGAGGUGCAUGCUUGUGAAUGCCUCUUGCAGCUGCAACAGUCUGAGCCGACACCCCAUAGCCCUGCUCAAUCACAGUUGGAAAUCUUGUCAAUGCACUCGCUGGCACUCAAAUGCCAGCACAUCUUCGCUGAUAAAGAAACACGAGAACC